UUUCGGAUUCGCUUGAGAUGGACGCACGUCUUCGGACCGCCGCGUCUGCACGGAUGAUGCGAGCGAGCGCGGAGGAGGCGCGCGCAGUGAGGACGAGCAACGAGUCUUGCCGUUUUCUAUCUUGCACGGAUAUAAAAAAAAAUAACAAUAACACCGUUUUUUUUUUUUGGAAAGUUUUGGGAGCAACACAUGGAGGGGUGCCGGCGCCUCAUUGCUUCGCUGAGUGUGUGUGAGUGAAUGAGGGUGUGUGUGCUCAUUAAUUGCGGCUUCAUUAAGAGGAUGUGUGAUGUGAUGUGUGCAUCCACACCGGGGCGGUUGGAGGCUGGAGGGCAGAGCAUCCAGCAUCCAGCACAAGCAUUCCUGGGGACCACAGGUGUUCCUUUAGUAAACAGUUACUCUAAAUCCCAAAAUGCUGCACUUUGGAUAGGAUUCCCUGUGGGACACCCCUGACCUGAGUGGACCCCCCUCUCCGCAUCAUUCCUUCUCCAUCCCACACUUCAGUCCUCCUCCGGUUUUUAUACCAUUGCUUCUCCUCCCGACCACCCUACCCUCCAUCUCCUUCUCCUCCCCCCCACAGCACACAUGCAGGCCAAGAAGCGGUACCUGCUCGUGUCUGUGGGUGUCGCUCUUCUUUUCCUCGUCUGCCAGUGGGCUCUGCAAAUCGCCGACUUCGAGCAGCAGCAACAGCAGCAUCAGCGGUUUCGGCGCCAGCAGUUGCCCCAGUAUCCCGACUAUUAUCAGCAGUAUCAGACCCAAGAGGUGUACCCUCCCGGGCCCCCGUACCGGCAGCCCAGGCACUGGCCCGAGUUGACCCAGCUGCUAGGACCAUACCUGGAGGGAGGGGAGCAGGAGGAGGAUAGUCCCCAAGUCCACCACCAGCACAGCUCACCCAGAGAACGACGCUCGAUCCAAGACAACCUCUACAAAAACCGGCGCUGCCGCAUGGAAACUUGUUUUGACUUCGCCCGUUGCCAGCCGGACUUUGGAGUCUACAUUUACCCUUUACAAAGGGGGGACGAGAUCUCUGCCACGUACCGCAAGAUCCUCUCUUCCAUCGAGGAGUCACGCUUCCACACCACGGACCCCCUGAAGGCCUGCCUGUUUAUUCUUGCCGUAGACACUUUGGACAGGGACCGUCUGUCGGCUCAGUAUGUCCAAAACGCGAGGAUGCGUAUCCAAAGCCUACCAACAUGGAAAGAUGGCAGGAACCACCUUAUAUUUAACCUCUACUCCGGCACCUGGCCGGACUACACGGAGGAUUUGGGCUUUGAAGUGGGCCAGGCAAUGCUGGCCAAGGCCAGCGCAGACAUGGCCAACUUCCGACCCAACUUUGAUAUUUCCAUCCCCUUGUUCUCUAAAGACCACCCGCUCAAAGCGGGCGGCGCAGAUCCCACGGUGGCCCACAAUGCACCUUCCUCCAGGCGCUAUCUGCUGGUUUUUAAAGGGAAGCGCUACUUGACGGGAAUCGGCUCUGAGACGAGGAACGCUUUGUAUCACGUCCACAACGGGGAAGAUAUUAUCCUGUUGACCACGUGUAAACACGGCAAGGACUGGGAGAAGCACAAGGACUCGCGCUGCGAUCGGGACAAUGAAGACUACUCAAAGUUCGACUACCAGGAACUCCUCCACAACUCCACAUUUUGCUUGGUGCCACGAGGCCGACGUCUGGGUUCGUUCCGCUUUCUGGAGGCGCUGCAGGCGGCGUGCGUUCCCGUCAUUCUGAGCAACGGUUGGGAGCUUCCGUUCUCCGAGGUCAUCGACUGGAAGAAAGCUGCCAUCGUGGGCGACGAGAGGCUGCUGCUGCAGGUUCCAACCAUUACCCGUUCGGUGGGCUGUGACAGGAUCCUGGUUCUACGCCAGCAGACCCAGUUCCUCUGGAACGCCUACUUCUCCUCUGUAGCCAAGAUCGUCUUGACUACUCUGGAAAUAAUCCGCGACCGUGUGGACUCGUACGUGUCCAGGAACCGGCUGAUGUGGAACUCGCUGCCCGGUGGUCUCUAUGCACUCCCUCAGUACUCCACUGACCUCGCACAGUUCCCCUUUUACUACGCCAGCCUGGGUAAAAGCCCACAGCCGCAGUUUACCGCUGUGAUCCAUACAGUCAGUCCUCUGCAGUCCAACAUGUCUCCUGUUGUGAAGCUCCUCAUCGCUGUAGCUAAAUCCAAGUUCUGUGCACAGAUUGUGGUCUUAUGGAACAGCGACAAGCCUUUACCUCCCAGGAACAAGUGGCCCUCCACCAGCGUGCCUCUCACUGUCCUCAAAGGACACAGCAAGACAAUGAGCAGUCGUUUUUUCCACCACGAUGUCAUCCUCACUGACGCCGUCCUCAGUCUGGACGAAGACUCUGUUCUCUCAACCAAUGAGGUGGAUUUUGCCUUUAUCGUAUGGCAGAGUUUUCCGGAGCGCAUCGUGGGCUACCCUGCCAGGAGCCACUACUGGGACAGCUCCAGGUCCUGCUGGGGCUACACCUCCAAAUGGACCAACGACUACUCAAUGGUGCUGACGGGGGCCGCUUUCUACCACAGGUACUACCACUACCUGUUCAGCCACUACGUCCCCACCAGCCUACUAACUAUGGUGGACCGCAUGGUCAACUGCGAGGACAUCCUGAUGAACUUCCUGGUUUCGGCGGUGACCAAGCAGGCGCCCAUCAAGGUGACACAGAAGAAGCAGUACAAGGAGACCAUGAUGACACAGGGCUCCAAGGCGUCCCGCUGGGCCGACCCCGACCACUUUGCCCAACGCCAGACGUGCAUGAACGUCUUCAGUCGCUGGCUGGGCUACAUGCCUCUACUGCACUCACAGAUGAGACUGGACCCGGUGCUGUUCCGGGACCAGGUGUCCAUCCUGAGGAAAAAAUACAGGGACAUCGAAAGGCUGUGAAUGCGGUGAUUGUGUGUGUCCCCGCCCCCCUUGGGCGAUGUGAGGCGCGCUCACACUGCACACUUAGCUGGACAGAGACUGUCAUGGACGCACUUUGCAACAAGACGUGCAUGAACCUUUCCUCCUCAGCUUCACCCAAGAGGUCCGUGUGUGACCCCGAGUCAAAGGUUAAUAUUGUUUUGCGGACGAUACAAUGACGAACUGAACCGUCCUCUUGUGUACUGUUGUAGAUUUAUUGUCUGUAUGAAGCAAAGGGGAGAAUUAAAAUGAAGUUAUGCUAUGA